CUCAUUGUGUUUCAUAUAUAUCAACGACUGAAGAUGAAAUUUUGAUUUUGAUAUUGAUUUAGAUCUAACCAGCCAGCUAACCAUGUCAGCGAUGCAUGUGCAUUGUCUGUUGCCUGCCACUACUCUCCAACUCUCAUGGUUACUGAGUCAUGCAUAUUAUCUAGCCUACCUCGAUAAUGGAGGCCAAUGAGUUGGAUUACUUGGUAGGCAAGGGACAUUUCAUAGACACAAUGCUGAUAAUGUGGUGGAUCAAUUUGUGUUUUCACAUGGGAGAAACAAGAGGCUUUGAUUCCUCUCGUCUCUCUGUUGUUUCUUCCUUCACCUGCCUCUUUGCUCUCAUCUUUCUAUAUAAACUUGCCAUAGGUGCCAAAGAAGGCAUUGCAAAUCAUCUCUAGCUACAUCUCUCUCAGUCUUGAAUUCCUUCUCUCAAAUUCCACCAAGAUAACCAAAAAUGGCAGCUAUUUCUUUCCAUGCUCGCUCCAACAGUUUGCCUGCAGGAUCACACCCUCUAGUCUCAGAAAUCGAAGAGCAGGUUUGCAGGUUGAGACAAUCUCAAGCUGCUUCCACAUCCUCAUCAUCCAUAAGCCACAACCUUAAUGGCCUUCAGGUUGUGUAUGAUUGUGUUGACCAGUUGUUCCAACUGCCAACGACCCAACAAGCCUUGAUCAAUGACCAGAAGUGCUUCAAUGAGCUAUUGGAUGGAUCCUUGAGGCUUUUGGACUUGUGCAAUACUGCCAAGGAUGCCUUGUCUGUGAUGAAAGAGUCUGUGGCUGAACUUCAAUCCGCUAUUCGCAGAAGGCAAGGUGGUUUAGAAGGAGAAACCAGAAGGUACAUGAAAUCUAAGAAGACUGUGAUCAAAACAAUCCAGAAGGUCUUAAAGGGCAUGGAAAACAAGAAGUCCACCUCAUCCAACAACGUUGAGACAGUAUCUAUGUUGAAGGAAGCUGAAUCUUCUGUUGCUGAGGCUUUGGAGUGCUUGUUAUCAUUCGUUUCUCAAACAAGCUCAAAGCCAAGCAGCUCGUCAUUCUUUAAAAGGGUUGCAGCUGCAGAAGCUUCAGGUGAGAAUGAAUUUGUAGAGGUGGAUGCAUCUUUGAAGAUUAACAAAUCCAGUGAGGAGAUUCAACUUCAUCUCAAGAAUCUGCAGCCAUGCAUUCAAGAUCUUGAGGAAGGAGUUGAGAACCUCUACAGGCGUUUGAUCAAAACAAGAGUCUCCAUUCUCAAUAUCCACAAUCUGUAGUUACAUCAACAGAACAAUACUUGUACAAGUUGUAUAGAAAAUUUUGACACUCGAAUCCAUCAAUAUACAUGGUAUCCAAGCUCCUGCAAACUGCGUCUUUUUGUUCGUUCCUCUAUCUAUUACCCUGUGUUAGUGUUGUGGUAUAUGAUCCAAGAUUGAACCUCUCCCAACAACUCGAGUUAUUGGGAUAAACUGGUUCUUGACAUGGUAUCAGAGCGGGUUUGUCCUUGAGGUCACGUGUUCAAGUCCUCACGACCCCCAAUAUUAACCGUUGUCUUCAAGCACAUGGUAUGGCGGGCCUGUGCAAACUUCAAGCCCAUGGGUUGGCUUUCGUUUGAGGGGGGCGUGUAAAGAAGUGGUUAAGUACCAUACACGGGCCUGUAUAAGAUCCAACAUAACCUUCUCCCAACAACUCGAGUUAUUGGGAUCAACUGGUUCAUGACAUGGUAUCAGAGCCUUCUGUGACCGAGAGGUCUUGUGUUCGAUUCCCCGUGACCCUCAUUUGUUAAGCACAUGGUAUUCUUGUCUUCAAACCUGUGCAAACUUCAAGCCCUUGUGAGUGGCUUUUGUUUGAGGGGGCGUGUUAGUGUUGUGGUAUAUGAUCUAAGAUUGAACCUCUCCCAACAACUCGAGUUAUUGGGAUAAACUGGUUCUUGACACCCUGCAUGUUUCUUACAUUUCCAUUUUAAUUACCUUUUGCCUACAAUAGAAAAAUGACAGUGAAAACAAGGAUAAUUUCAGAUUGCUAAGGUAAACAAGAGGUGAUGGAAACUAAGAGGAAUCAUAGUCACAUGGAAGACUGACUAAUCCAGAUUAAUUAUUGCAGAAAUGAGUAAUUACCACACGUCCAAAUGCAAUAAUGAAACCACGUUGAGAAACCACAUUAGAUGGAUCUUGCCUUCCAUUUGUACAGCAAUCAUGCUAAUCAAUGCAACUUGACAUCAUUUCUUAAUCAUAUAACAUUAGGCUAAUCUGUAUGAGAGGAGACAUAAGGAAUCAAAAGUUUUCAUAUAUCAAUGAAUGAGAUGGCUAUGU